AUGUCACAACAGAUAAAAACACCACAGCAACAACAACUCUCGAUUAAGAUAAAAAGUUUGAAGUUGAAAAGGAUUAAUGAGCUUAACAAUAACUUGAAACAGGAACUUAGUCGAGAAAGAAUAACCGCUUCUAAUGCAUGCCUCACAAUAAUAAAUUAUACCCAAACUGUAAAGGAUUACGCCCUGCCUGAAAUAUGGGGGUACCCUCAACCUAAUUCAAACCAUUUCAGAACAAAUUUGAAUAGAUCCAUACAGAGAAGCGGAACAUACACGGCGGAUUCUGCAGGUUGCUGUGCUAUAAUGUAA